AUGAGGGAGGAACCAAAGAAUUACAGCAACGCUUAUGAGUUUAUGGAGUAUUACGGGGCAGUGGAGAGCAACUACUCCUUUGAUGAGGAUGCCCUGCUGUGCUCCCUGCAGGAGGUCAGGGAGUUCUCCAGGCUCUUCGUGCCGGUUGCGUACUCCUUGAUAUGUGUCCUCGGGCUCGUGGGCAAUGUCCUGGUGGUGACCACCUUUGCUUUCUAUAAGAAGGCCAGGUCUAUGACAGACAUCUACCUCUUGAACAUGGCCAUCGCAGACAUCCUGUUUGUCUUCACUCUCCCCUUCUGGGUGGUGAGCCAUUCUGCCGGGGCCUGGAUUUUCAGCAACGAGGUGUGCAAGCUGAUGAAAGGCAUCUACGCCAUCAACUUCAACUGCGGCAUGCUGCUGCUGGCCUGCAUCAGCCUGGACCGCUACAUUGCCAUCGUGCAGGCCACCAAGGCCUUCCGGCUCCGGUCCCGGACACUGCCGCACAGCAGAGCCAUCUGCUUUGUCGUGUGGUCGCUGUCAGUCCUCAUCUCCAGCUCCACUCUCGCCUUCAAUCAGAAGUACAGCCUGCAGGGCAGGGACGUCUGCGAGCCCAAGUACCACCCCCUCUCGGAUCCCAUCCGGUGGAAGCUGCUGGUGCUGGGGCUGGAGCUGCUUUUUGGGUUCUUCAUCCCUUUGGUGUUCAUGAUAUUCUGUUACACCUUUAUCAUCAAAACCUUAGUGCAAGCUCAGAACUCUAAAAGGCACAAAGCCAUCCGUGUGAUCCUGGCCGUGGUGCUGGUGUUUCUGGCUUGUCAGAUUCCUCAUAACAUGGUCCUUCUCGUGACAGCAGCAAACAUGGGCCGGAUGAACCGGUCCUGCUCGGGGGAGAAGCUGCUUGGCUAUACCAAAAACAUCACCGAAGUCCUGGCUUUCCUGCACUGCUGCCUCAACCCCGUGCUCUACGCAUUCAUUGGCCAGAAGUUUAGAAGCUACUUUUUGAAGAUAAUGAAGGACCUGUGGUGUGUGAGGAGGAAGUACAAGUCUCAGGGCUUGUCCUGCGCCCGGAUACACUCAGAAACCUUCGCCUCCCGGCAGACCAGUGAGACCGUGGACAAUGACAACGCCUCCUCCUUCACCAUGUAGCAAGUUAGAAGUCCCUAAAGGCUUUGAAAAACAUACUAAUAGAUGUUAGGAAAAAAAGGAAGGAAGGAAGGAAGAAGGAAAGAAAGAAAGAGGAAAGAAAAAAGAAAAAAAAUGGCCAUGGCCAAAUAUGCAUGGGAAAACUGGAAAUUACACACAGUUA